AUUCAUGAUUCUCAUUUCAAAUCGAUUUGACAAAAAUUUUUGGUUUAAUUAUUUUGUGCGCAUUUCGUUUCAUCAAUUCGUUUCAAUUUGUGUUAAUUGAUUGAUUAAUUUAAACAAACAAAAAGAUGAUAUUAAAACAAUUAAUAAUAAUAAUGGCUACAUUAGCCAUUGUUUGUUAUUGUCAAUUACCCGGUACCGGUAUUAUACGUAAAUUAACACCAAAUCAACAAAAAAUUAUGGAUACAAUUGAUAAACGUACCGAUCAGAUAACACAAUUUUUAUCCAUUGCUAAUCUACAACCGAAUGAAACAUUUUCAAAAUUAUUUCCAUCAUUAUCGAAAAUAAGUUUAAGUAAAAUUAAAGAAUGUUAUGAUAUGUCUGUUAAGGAUGAAGAAUAUAAUUUUUUUGAUCAAAAUCUUGCAUCAACACUUCGUACAUAUUAUAAAAAUUUUCCAGAAAAUUUUGAUGUAAAACAAUUCCCAAAACGUAUGAAAAAUCUAUUCGAUUCAAUGAUGCAAAUUGCAAAUUAUACAAUAGCCUGUAUUGCGGAUAUUGGUGAAUAUCAACUUGGUCUAACACAGCUAUCCGAUUGGGAUGAUAAAGAAUAUAAAAUAUUAUUGGGUGAAAAAAUAUCCAAUAAUAUUGAUAAUGAUUAUAAUAAUCGUAAACAAGGAAAAUCAUCAAGAAGUGGUAAUCGUUCACCAUCAUUAGGAUCAUUGAAUCCAUUAUCAGGUAAUCGAAAUCGUGGUGGUGGUGGUGGCAGCAGUGGUAAUAAUGGUGGACGUUUACGUUUAAAACGUGCAAUUGAAGUUGCCGAUGAAUGUAAAGCUAAAAAUCGUGAUAAAUUACCAAAAACAUUUGAUUGGCGAAAAAAAGGUAUGGUUACUGAACCAAAAUUUCAAAGUAAAUGCGGUAGCUGUUGGGCAUUUGUAUCAACAUCAAUAGUUGAAAGUGCAUAUCUAAUCAAUGGUUUAACUAAAAAUAAAAGUUUUGAUCUAAGUGAACAAGAAUUGAUUGAUUGUGCAAAGAAAAAUGGUAAAGGAUGUAAUGGUGGUACAGCAAUAGAUUCAUUCAAUUAUAUGCUUACCGUUGAUGGUCUUACUGAUGAAUCAUCAUAUCCAUAUGAAUCAAAAGAUGGAAAUUGUCGUGGAACGAAAAAAAAUCGUGCUGCUGUUAUCGAUGAUUAUUGUGUUCGUGGAAAAUAUGUAACAUUGAAUGGAAAAAAAGAAGAAUUAUCCGAUGAAGAUAUACAAUAUUUAAUUAAAGAAUUUGGACCAGUUUAUAGUACAAUCAAUGCAGAUGAUUUGGCUAAUAUGAAAAAUUUAAAAAAAGGUGUUUAUAAAAAUAAAAAAUGUGAUAAGAAAACCAAUCAUGCAAUCGUUAUUGUUGGUUGGGAUGAAAAAGCAUGGAUUGUUAAAAAUAGUUGGGGUACUGGUUGGGGUGAUAAAGGAUUUUUCCGUAUGAAACGUGGUGAAAAUUUAUGCGGUAUUAAUACCUAUAUUAUAUUUCCAUUGGUUGGACUUGAAUGAUUUUUAAAUUCGAUUUGAAUUUUUUGAAUUUUUUUUAUCUGUUGAUGUUGAUGAUGAUGAUGAUGAUGAAAAAUCACUAACAAAAAUGUUUGUUUUUUUUUUGCCAAUAUUUUUCAAUAAAAAUAAAAUGUUAUUUUCUGAUCAA